AAUAUAUUUUUAUAAAUGAAAGUUACCGUUUUAUUUUUGUUUAUAACCAUCGCUAGAGGUCAAUAUCUCAGCAACUAUGACCCCAAAAACAAAAACAACCAGAACACGGACUCGAACAUAAACUCGAACAAUUUCGACAGCUCUCGGCCGAACAUCGACCCGUCUCUCCGCCAACCAAACAUUCCUUACGCCAUAAAACCUACCAAAAACAACACCCUGGUGUUCUGUACAACCUCGAAGGAAGAGUUUGCAAAAUGCAACGCAUUUAUGGUGGCAGUAGACCGCGAAAUCGCUCGCUUCGGGCGCGACUACGUUUCACUAAGAUGCUACGAAGCUUCUAAAAAAGAAGAAUGUAUGAAAGUCCUCGACUCGGAAACAGUCCACGUGACAACAUUGGACGCGGGAGAAGUGUUCAUCGGAGGGCGCUACCACAGUUUAGUCCCCAUCAUGCAGGAAAUCGACGUGAACCGAAUUAAGUACCAGUACGCAGUAGCAGUAGUGAAGAAAGGGACUCUCAGCGACGUAACUUCUCUGCAGCAUCUUCGAGGAAAGAAAGCUUGCUUCGCCGGAACUGAGACUUUAGCUGGCUGGAUAAUUCCUCUUCACACUUUAAUGAAGCACGGCGGGCUUGAAGUUAUCGACUGCAACAAUCAUGUUAAAUCUACGCUCAAAUAUUUUGGACCCUCUUGCGCCGUUAACUCGCUGGUGGAUCGCUACAACCCUCUGGGAGACAAUGAAGACAAACUUUGCAAGCUCUGCAUCGGUGAAAUUCCCGGUAAAUGGUGCACCAAUGCAGAUCCUUAUGCUGGCUACGAAGGAGCUCUUAAAUGUCUGAUUGAAGCUGGAGAAAUUGCCUUUUUAUUGCACUCAACUGUUGAUCAAUUUUUGGCCACUAAUUAUGAUUACAACUCCGUCAAAAAAUCCGACUUUGAGCUGCUAUGUCCUGACGGGUCUCGUUCGGAUGUUGAUAAUUAUCGUAAUUGUCACUGGGACCAAGUCCCCACCCGUGCUGUUGUUGUUUCUAGUGCCACUAGGCCAGAAACUAGACGACUGUAUCAGAAAUUUUUUGAAAAAGCUGCUAAAUUAUUCAGCAAAGGUAUUCCUGCUAACUCCACUAGUUUUGGAGAUAGAGAUAGAGAUAGAUCUUACGGAAAUGAAAGAUUUGAUAAUCGUUAUAAUGAUAAUAAUUAUAAUUAUAAUAAUAAUAAUAAUGAUGGAUAUGGAAAUUAUGGGUAUAACAAUGAAACAAACCGCGGAUUCCUCGAUGAAAAUAGAGACGGAAAUUUUGUAAAUUCGAACGAUAGAUAUGAAACAAAUUCUAAUAAUUGGAAUGAUCCAUUGGCAGUCAGACCACUGGAAGUUUUUGACUUGUUUGAAAGUGCUCCCAAAUUUGGAAAUGUUCAUAAUUUGUUGUUCUCUGACAGUGCUACGGAUUUUAUUUCUUUACCUGAUAAUGAACAAACUUAUUCGUCUUAUUUGGGGCAGAAAUCUGAAGAUGCUAUUUUGGGAGUCAGGAGUUGUACUGUUGAGAGGAUGGUACUUUGUGUUACUUCGCAACAAGAGUUUGAUAAAUGUGUUAAGAUGAAGAUUGCGUUAAAAGCUCAGCUGUUGAAACCGGAGUUGAGUUGUGCAUUAUAUCACAGUCAGAUCAAAUGUAUGCAGGCUAUUCAAAAUGGUGAAGCUGAUGUCGCAGUAUUCGACGCUGGAGAUGUUUACACAGGUGGACUAGUGUACAACCUCGUUCCGUUCAUGUCCGAAGUGUACAACUUAGGAACUCCUGACUACUACGUAGUGGCCGUGGCGAAAGAAAACGACCAGGCAACAGACAUAACAUACCUGAAGAACAAGUACACUUGUCACACUGGAAUCAACCACGCAGCAGGUUGGAUUUACCCAUUAGCAUACAUGAUUUCCAACAAAUGGAUCCGAGGGUACGGAUGUGACUCAAUCCGCGCAGCAGCUGAGUACUUCACCAAGUCCUGCAUUCCAGGUGCUUUGAGCAAUGAGUACAACAUCGGUGUGCCUUACGACAAUAUGUGUGACCUGUGUCACGGAUUGAGCAGACACUACUGCCGCCGUGACGCUUCUGAAGCGUACUUCGGACACAGCGGGGCUCUUCGAUGUCUCGUUGAAGGCGGCGGUGACGUAGCCUUCGUCAAGCACACGACAGUCUUCGAGAACGUCGACGGCAAGCGCAGAGAAUUUUGGGCCCGGAACACUUUCAAGAACGACUUCCAGCUCCUCUGUCCUGACGGAACGCGCAAGUCGUCCGACGAAUACGAGUCUUGUAACCUGGGUAAGGUCAAAGCCAACGCGAUUGUUGCACGUGGUGGAGAGUACGGCUACAACGAAAUAGAGAUCAAUGCCUACAUAAAUUUAUUUGUCUACGCCCAGCAAUUUUAUGGUCGCAAAGAAGCUGAUGAGUUCAGCUUCAGUAUGUUCUCCAGCACUCCACCGUACACGGAUCUUAUUUUCCAGGACGCUACCCAGCAAUUAGUUAUUAUUCCGGAAGAUAUGAGAGAGUAUAGCAGGUACCUCGGGCCAGAUUUCAUGCGCGCUAAGAGAAUCGUCGACUGCGCUGCUGGUGCCAGUGCUACUGAAUUUUCUAUCCUUGCUUUAUUGAGCGUAGGAGUCGCUUUAAUUAUUAGUAGAUAAAUUUUUAAUUUUCUA